CCUGAGAAUUGAGCGAAUAAUGAUGUGGACUGAUUUACGGUUGUUUUGAAAUUCGAAUGCGGAUACAACAAAGUUGUUUUUAUUUUUAAGAUGAAUUUAGCUGUGUUAAUUUAUAUCAUUUUGAUAGCACGUUUUUCUCAAUUUUGAGUGAUAAUCCUUUCAAAACAGGUUAUGCUAUAUCAAAAAGAGGUAAAAAAGUUUAAGCGUGUAUACGUUCUUCUCGAUUGUCAAAUCAUCUGUCACUUAGUUUUAUCAUGCCUACAUCCAAUGUUCCAAUAAAACAGUUUUUCAACUUGGCUUGAACGCUAGUUUUAAAAGCGCAUUGAGCGCAUUAUUAAAACCUUUACCAAAGCUCUAAUAAAAACAGGAAAGUAUGUGUUUUAUUGAAUCUUUAGCAAUACUUUUGCAACUUUUUUACAACACUCUUAAGAUAGUGUUUUAUUCAAGUUUUAGCAAAACUUUUGGGGCUCUUUUAAAACACACGAUAAAUGAAGCAUUUCCUAUGUUACAAUAAAGCCGUUUUAAAAAUGGGAUGCCAUCGAAAAGUCUUCAUAAAACAAUAUUAAAACUCAAAAAAGCCAAUUGGCUUGAUCUGUGUUACUUGGGUUAUGGUGCUUAAAACAUUUAUAACUUAUUGGAAGACUUCUCAUGAACUAGAAUAUAUCGGACAGCAAAAAUAGUAAACCAGAUCUUAGAAACAUUUUUAUUUAUUUGAGAGUAUGCAUAAAAUUGUAAACAAGAAAUGGGAUAAAAACUAAUUUCUAAAAUGAUAGAUGAAAACUUAACAAAAUACCUCUUAACCAAUUUAAGUUCCGCAUUUCUCGCGUAAUGACAGUUUUGCGCGCGGCUGCACUAAAUCUUAUUGGAUUGAUUCAAAUUUAGUAUGGUGCAAUGUUGCAUUCAACUUUAGGUUGUAACCCGUAGCAACGGAGUAUGUACCAAACAAAUAUCCGUUUGUGGUUUGUGUUUCCGGAAGUUGGCCAACAAACAUGAAGGAAAUUGGGGCCGGUGAUGGAGAAAGUUUCUUCCAUUUGGCGGUCACAGGCCAGCUGCAUUCGGCGUACUUCCCGAUGGGGCCGGAUGGUGGCAAUCUUUUCUGUCGAUACGAUGUCAUUGCCGGACCAGAUUGGGAGCUGAUUUCGGGCAUGCGAUCCGGAAUCACUCAGAGUGCUUCCGGUAGUGGUGAUUAUCGGAGGGUGGUAUUCAAUAUGCCGCUGGAGUUUACGCUGAAAUCUACGAACCCUCACGGUUGGCCGCAGAUUGUUUUCAGUUUGUAUGGCAACAAUUUCUGGAACGUCGAGACGAAUCGAGGCUAUGCUAGGGUUCACUGCCCGUUGAGUGGGUCGAAACGGGUGAUGCAGGCUCCACUAUUUGUGCCCAAAUUCAGUAACGUCUGGUCCGCUGCCAUGAGCUGGAUAACAGGUGUGAAUCCGGAGAUGCGUGACCCAAAAACAUUGGCUGACGGGUCCAAACAUAAGGCGUUGGCAUCGGAAAGCUACGGAGAGCUGAUAGUUGAGCUGCAAGCAAUAUCUCGAGGAUGCAGUAAGAUGUCCCUGGACUGGGGACAAUCUUACGAUUGAACUGCAAUUGAUUGGGUGAGUAAAUCUUCUCGAUUAUCUUCUUCUAACUUUAAUAUGAAUAUAUGAAUAUUUGAUUAAAAUAUUGGAAAAUAGAAAUACAGACUGGAAUAAUAAGUUUCACUGUAUAGGCACAUGGUUUGGUCUCGUGUUGAAACAGUUUUUUCAAUGAUGAAUAGGAACGAAGUCUUCGUCGUUUUUGAUAGGUUCUCGUUUGUAUUGUUUGACCACGAUUGGUGGAUCAUCGCUUUUCGAAACUGCUUUCGGUUUGGCCGAUGCCUUGAAGUAAUCACUUUUUCCGCCUGUUUUCUCGAUUAGCAUAAUGUUUUUGAUGAGUAUCUCGUGGGACACGGAUUUGCACAUGUCAUACACGGUGAGUGCGGCUAUCGAGGCCGCCGUCAGGGCUUCCAUUUCCACUCCUGUUUUGCCCUCGCAUUUGACCUUGGUCAGAAUGUGCACCUCAUGGGUGGCAGCGUUCAGACUGGUUUCGACCUUGAUCGACGACAAGGGAAUGUUGUGGCACAGCGGGACUAGUUCGGAUGUUUUCUUGGCGGCCACAAUUCCUGCCAUCUGGGAAAUGGACAAGACGUCUCCCUUCUUGAGCUCGUUGCCUUCGAUGAGUGCCGAAAUGGUGGGUCCCACGUAAACCGUUGCCUGCGCUUUGGCCUCCCGUCGGCUGACAUACUUGUCGUCCACAUCGACCAUACUGGCCUUGCCGGUUCGUUCGUCCACAUGACUGAGCGACGCAAAACUCCUAACUCCCACGAGUUGUUGAAGGUGCGAGAAACGUGCCGAUGAAGUUGAAGAUGAUGAUGCUGGAAGGAUGAGUCGAUUAAGUUUCGGGACCAAAUUUAAAAUUAAUCUUUUUUUUGUUUUUUAAAUUUAUUCAACAA